AUGAACUACCCCCUGGCCCUCGACAUGGACUUCACAAACUACAACCUGGGAGACCUGGUAAGCUUCCUCUGGAAAAAUGGAGUCUCAGUUUCUCACCCUUCUAUCUCCUUGUCCUUGCAGUACAAGGAGUUUGCCAACUACAAUGACAGCACAGAGACCCCCCUACAGGAAAGUCACUUCUGCUCCACAGUUGAGGGGCCCCUACUGACUUCCUUCAAGGCUGUGUUCAUGCCUGUAGCCUACAGCCUCAUCUUCCUCCUGGGCCUGAUGGGCAACAUCCUGGUGCUGGUGAUCCUCGAGCGGCACCGGCAGACGCGCAGCUCUACGGAGACCUUCCUGUUCCACCUGGCGGUGGCUGACCUCCUACUAGUCUUCAUCCUGCCCUUUGCUAUCGCUGAAGGCUCUGUGGGCUGGGUCCUGGGAAGCUCCCUCUGCAAAAUUGUGAUUGCUCUGCACAAGAUCAAUUUCUACUGCAGCAGCCUGCUCCUAGCCUGCAUCGCUGUGGACCGCUACCUGGCCAUCGUUCAUGCCGUCCACGCCUACCGUCACCGCCGCCUCCUCUCCAUCCACAUCACCUGCGCAACCAUCUGGCUGGCAGGCUUCCUCUUCGCUUUGCCGGAGAUCCUCUUCGCCAAGGUCAGCCAACCCCACAGCAAUGACUCCCUGCCACGUUGCACCUUCCCUCAGGAGAACCAAGCUGAAACCAAUGCCUGGUUUACCUCCCGCUUCCUCUACCAUGUUGGGGGCUUUCUGCUGCCAAUGCUGGUAAUGGGCUGGUGCUACGUGGGGGUGGUACACAGACUGUGCCAGGCCCAGCGGCGCCCUCAGCGACAGAAAGCAGUCAGAGUGGCUAUCCUGGUGACAAGCAUCUUCUUUCUCUGCUGGUCACCUUACCACAUUGUCAUCUUCCUGGACACCCUGGCCAGACUGAAGGCAGUGGAUAACAGCUGUGAGCUGAAUGGCUCUCUCCCGGUGGCCAUCACCAUAUGCGAGUUCCUGGGCCUGGCCCACUGCUGCCUCAACCCCAUGCUCUACACUUUCGCUGGAGUGAAGUUUCGAAGUGACCUGUCUCGACUUCUGACCAAGCUAGGUUGCACCGGCCCUGCUUCCCUGUGCCAGCUCUUCCCUGGCUGGCGCAAGAGCAGUCUGUCUGAGUCAGAGAAUGCCACCUCCCUCACCACCUUCUAAGUCCCAGCACCCCUCUUUGUUUCUGCUUUCUUCGGGGCAGGCAGUGGCGGUGGAGUCUCUUCCAACAGGAGCUGGGGUCCUGAGUGUUAUGUUGGCUACCUCCCAGCAGGGAGGCAGCUUCUGUCUAGGACAUCCCUGUCACUCUUCCACCAGCCCUGAGGCUAGGCUGGAGUCCAGGGAGGGGAAAGCAGAUCAAAAGCAAAGCAAAAGGUCUCUGUACCCAUCUGCAUCACCCUGGGCUGAGAGGACUCCACACACCUCUCACCCUAGCUGGCCAAAGCCCUGGCCACAGGGAAAGUCAAUCCCCUCCCAGAAUAAACUCAUCCUCUUAAGGGCUGCUGACUGCCACAGAUACCCACCUCUCCUCCCAUGCCCCAUGCCAAAUGGAGCCAGGAGAAGCUGGAACUGGGGAUGAGCAGAAAUUAAAACUGAGAUGGCCAGCUAGUGACAGAGUGUGGCCUUAACAAUUCUUAGUUCCUUAAUUCGGACAUUCUGCCAGAUCAACUCUGCAACUGUCUUGACCAAGCAGGAAGCUCGGACUGAUCUUCUUUAGAUCACGGACAGUGACCAAACCAGCACUGGGUUGGCCCCAUGCCAAGGGGUCCUGCAUUACAGAGGACAGAGUCCAAGUAGGAAGCUAGCCAGUGUCCUAAGGAACAGCAGAAGGCAAGCCAGCAAAGGAGACUGGUGGAAGAAAGGAAAAACUCCCACCGAAGCCCCCAGAGAGGGACAAUCAAAGCCAGUUGUCUUGUCUGCCCCGGGACCAGACAGAGGUGGGUGGAGAGCUCCCAGACUGGGCCAGGGGAGGCAGGAUCCAGGGUCCUGGUGAACUCUGGGCACUGAUGGAAGGAGGCAGACUCGUUCUUUCCUUGCCACCCUCCUCACAAUCAAUGGGGCCAUGGAAAUUAGAGCAGAGGGUCCUGGCCACAGCAGAGGGGACCCUUAGCCAUGAGUAAGAAUGGAGACAGAGGCCCCCUGGAAAGGUGCUCUGGAGUCAUCUCAUCCAGCCCCCCCCACUCCAUGGUGUCACCUUAGGCAGGGCAGUGUGAGAAGCAGACCUGGGCAGGGAAGUCCCCAAGCCCCAGGAAGCCAUGCCCAGCCCCUCAGAGGAUACUAGUCAGAUGGAACCAGAGGAAGCUACUCCUCGCUCACUCUGGACUCUCCCUCUCAGCCUCUAUCUGGGGUAGAGGAUCAGGGACUCCUGCAUUUGCUGGGGACCCUCUGAAUAGCCCAGUUCCACUAAAAUCAGUCAGGACCACUGGAGGCCUCCAUUGGAAAUCAGAAGUAUGGCCUGGGGGACUGUGCCCUUACCACAGAAUGAAGGGGAAUCCCUGGCAUCCCCCCUUUUCUCCCAGCAUCCAAGAGCAAGCUGGGCAGUGGAGGAGCCAGACACAGAAGCAAAAAGGCAAAAGGUUGGAUUCUGAAUUUUCUCUUUUUAAUAAAAAGGCACCUAUAAAACAGGUCAAUACAGUACAGGCAGCACAGAGACCCCCAGAA